AUGCGCCGCUGGUCAGCCCGUGGCGCGCCGCUUCGCGUCGCGUCCAUCACAGACACGACCACUUCGGUCGCACCCAUAUGGUCGUCAACAGCAUUCACCAACACCAGCAGCAGCAACAGCGGAAGCGCUGCCGCAGUGGCCACCGUCUCUCUUGCUGAGCCACGUGCUCGCGCCCGUGAGCAGCUGUCCCCUGAGCUUCAGCAGCAGCUGCGCGCCGCCUACGAGGCCGGCUUCCAGCAAGGCUACAUGCGCGGCAUUAACGUCAGCGUGGACGUUGAGGCCCUCCCGCCCAGCGCCGCCGCAGCGGCCUCGGCGCCGGCGGGCGCAGCCAGCGGCAGCCGCAGGGGUGCGAGGGACGACAGCGUCGUGCGCAGCGUGAUAAAGGGGGUGAUCUGGCGCCUCUUCUCGACGACCGUGACGGUGGCCGUGGCGUUCAUCCUCCUGCACGAUUCCAUUGAGCUGAAGGAUGCGUUCGCGUUUGGCGGCGCGGAGUUUGUUGCAAAGUUGGUCAUGUAUGUGGCCUACGAGAGGCUCUGGCUGCACCUGUGA